AUGGUGCCGAAGGCAACACAAGAUGUGGCUAGGCACGAUGGUCCCAGAGGAGACACAAAGCUUGCGUGUCGCAAGGCAAUGUGGUUAGGCACGAUGGUGCCGAAUGUGACACAAGAUGUGGCUAGGCACGGGGGUGCCAAAGGCAACACAAAGCCUGCGUAUCGCAGAGCGAUGUGGCUAGGCACGAUGGUGCAGGAGGCGACACAAAGCUUGCGUGUCGCAAAGCAAUGUGGCUAG